GUGAUAAUCGAACAAACAUGUUUUUAUCUUUUGCAUCAAUCAGUUUUAAUCUUAACUUAAAAAACUAUUUUUUAAUCAAAUCAGUAGAUAAAGAAAUUAGUUUUAAAACUAAUAGCAAACGUAUCAACAGUUAAUGUAUCUAUAAGAUUUGUUAGUUUCAUUCGCUUGAUCAAAUUAUGAAGAGCUUUGUAAUAUUUUUAUUCUUUGUUGCCAUUUCGGCAGCUCAAGUACAAAAAGAAACAAAAAAUACUGAAAUUUAUGAGAGAUUUGUAAAAAUAGCAGUAGAAAAAUUAAUCAAAAGUUUGGAGGCACAGAGCAGCGAUCCAGGUAUUAUUGCGCAAUUAAAUGAGUAUGCCCAGAAACUUCUAAGUAGUUUAGCUAAAUACGCUGUAAAUCAUGACUUGGAACCAAUUGCUAUUGCCGAUGUAGCCGAAGAUUUUCUUCUUGCCAACUUCAAAUUAACGAAAGGUGAGCUUCGUGGUAUUUCUACCAUUGAGAGGUAUGACGACGUUUAUGUUGCGUAUAAACAUACUACAAAGACUCUAAGUCUUGUAAUUCCAAUUGAAUUUCUCGAUCUUACCUUUAUGUAUAACUAUGAAAUACAUGUACUGGGUAUGGGCCCGAAAGGAGAGAUGACAGCAGAUAUUAAAAAGUUCAAAUUUUAUCUUAGUUUUGAUUUUGAUAUACCCAACUUAAAAGCCAGUAUUAACACAUUAAAAGUAGAAGAUUGUGGACAAAUAUCCGUGACUGUAGACGGCAAUCCAGGAGACUUUAUUUUUAACUUAAUUUCUCAAUUCGUUACAACAAUUUUACAUCCAUUAAUUCAAGGAAUCAUUGAAGGAAUUAUCAAAAGUGUAGCUAGCCAAGUGGUAGAUGACAUUAAUGAAAUGCUGUAUAAUAUGACACAUCCUACCAAUUCAACUGUUAAUCAGAUCAGUUCACAAUUUUCUCAGUAUGUUUUGGAUUAUAAGGCAUAAUCAUAAGGCGAUCUUUGAAUAAUUCAGCAUUUAUUAUGUAUAUGCAGAGUGGGCCAAAGAAAAGAGUCCACCCCGAUAUUUGCCAGUAUUUAUUAGAUUUUAAGGAAAUGACGAAACAGGUCGAUUUUUGAUCUAAGGGGAACACAUUUCUACGGUACAUACAUCUGCUAUUUGUCAACCCCCUCCCUUCCACUUCCCCCCUCUUAUUUUUAAAUAGGGUAUAUGGGUCGUGUGCUAUCUCAUUUGAAAGGUUAUUCAAUUCUCUAUUCAGUAUUAUAAACAUUAAUAUAAGUAUUUAUACAGGGUAACCAAGAAAAAAAUUUUUAAUUAAAUUAAUUGACACAAAAAGAAGAAUGUAUGUAAUUUAUUUAAUUCAAAAUACAUUCUACUGUUGUUGUUAAAUAAACAUUGCUUUUCGCUUAAUUUCAAUGUUCAAGCUGCCACCCAUCUGCCUCUUGGUAGGUUGAAUAUUGAAUUUAAGCAACAAACAAUGUUUAUUUAUCAAUUAAAGAUUUUUUUCUGUUUUCUGUCAGCAGUAGAAUGUAUUUUGAGUUAAAUAAAUUACAUAAAUUCUUCUUUUUGUGUCAAUUAAUUUAAUUCAAAAUAACUUUUCUUUGACACUCUGUAUAAAUAAUUAUGUCAAUGUUAAUAUUACUGAAUAGAGAAUUGAAUAACCUUUCAAAUGAGCUGUCAUACGACCCCUAUUCCCUAUUUAAAAAUAAGGGGUGGGGAAAUGGAAUGGAGGGGGUUGACAAAUGACAUAUGUAUGUACCGUAAAAAUGUGUCCCUCUUGGAUCAAAAUUGACCUAUUUCGUAAUUUCCUUAAAAUCUAAUAAAUACUGCCAAAUAUCGAGGUGGACUGUUUUCUUUGGCCCACUCUGUAUGUAAUCAAAUAUUUUUGUAUUUAAUUUACUAUUUUUAUUGUUAUAAAAAAUAAUUAGAAAGUGUAAACUUUAAAUUAAUAUUAAAUAUAAAUUGUAACCUAUUCCA